AUGAUUAUUUAUGCUCAUGAGAAAUAUGCGUGCGCAUCAUGUAUCAGAGGCCAUCGGUCUUCGACAUGCAAACAUACAGAACGAAUGUUAGUGAAAGUGAGAACGAGAGGUAGACCAUCUCCAUCUGCCAUUAGAGAUGUGAUCAUGGUUGAUAAAGAAGAUGAGGAUGAUUCCUCAUCUCCUUCAAUGUCACCGGGGUCUUGUGCGAAGAAUAUGGAACGUCAACCAAUCUUAUUUGUUAAGAUCAAACAUGCUGAAAAGGCAAGAAUGAUUGAUGGUAAAUUACAAAUCUUAAUUAAUGGUAAAGGAGAUGAUACUGAAAGUAACAAUUUUAAUGAGGAAAAAGAUUCACAUUUGGAAGAUGGGAAGAAAUUUAUCUCAGAAACUGAAUUCUUACAAAAAAUAUCAAAGAAACCUGAGGGUAAUACGUCUUCAUGUCCAUCUUCAUCAAUACGGAGCGAAAACCAACAACUAAAGUCUACUUCACUAUCGCCACCUAUGUCGACAUGUUGUGGGAGUAGUGCCAGUAUAGGAACUGGUGUUGAUUCCAAAUUAAACUCAGUAACAAGCUGGACAUCUAACGAUUUAUCGACUCCAACUACCACUUCGUCAGAAUCUUUUAACGAUUUGAAACCGAAUACUACAGCAGCCUCAUUAAUAAACGAUUCACAUCACCCAUUGAAAUUAGAAGGGUCCACUUUAGAUGAUUUGCUAGAGGAAAAUCAAAAUACUAACAACAAUAAGAGGCCUUGUACUAUGCGGAAUAAAAACAAUUCAAAUGAUAAUAAUAUAAAUAUCAUGAAUGAUGAGACUGUUGAUUUAUUUACGCAUGAAGGGAUUUUCCUAAGUUCCAAUUGUUCCUGUCCUGAUGAUAAUUGUCAAUGUUUAAAUUGUUUAAUCCAUAGAAACGAAGAGGAGUUGAAUUCAUAUAUUAUAAAUAGUGGGGUACCGUUGAAAAAUGUUGGAGAAGCGAAGAUGAAAGAUCAAUUGAUGGAUUGUUCAACUGCAGAUUGUAAAUGUACAGCAAUUGACUGUCUUUGUGAUGACUGUUUUAUUCAUCCUAUUGAAAUUGUAAGUUUUGAAAAACUUUUAAUUAAUGGGUUACUUCAUUUCACUUUCACUAGGAAAACAAUGAUUAAAUAUAAAGGUAAAUUUAUACCGUCCCAAUAUUGGUGGGAUUUUAUUGUAGGAAAAUUACUACACAUGAGCGAACAAGAAUUGGAGUCAAUAGAUAUACUUGGUUGGUUUGAUAAUAUUAUUGCAAAGUAUAAUACUGAACUGAUAGAAGUAAAUGACUUUGAGAAACUUAAUCUUCAGGGGCUAUAUGUUAUUUAA